CUUCGAUUCUACAGCGCUGUGGAUGCAGAACAUUCUCAAUCGAGCUCCACGAGUUCUAAACUGCUGCUCGAACUGUUAGUCUGCUCAGAUCGGAACCAUGGAGAGCUCCGGAAUGUUGCUCGCUCUGCUGUGUGCCAGCCUCUCCCUCGCCCUGUGCCAGGGGCAGUCGUCCCGGGAGGUGUCUGCCGAGGAGUACACUGUAAAGAAAUCCCCUUCGUCCUCCGAGAAAGAACUGGUAGAAGCAAUGGAAGAACUUCUAGGAAAAUUCCAGAGCAGAUUCCCAUCCUAUGAGAAGAAAGCUGGAACCAUCCCACUGUGUGAUGUGGGAGACCGAUGUGCAGUGAAGCAGGGUCCCAGGAUUGGAAAGCUGUGUGACUGUGCCAGAGGGAGCACCUGCAACUCCUUCCUCCUCAAAUGCAUCUAAAGACCCCCCCUUCACCCCGGCAGCUAUGAUCGGCCACCAGAGCUGAGGGGCAGCGAAGGGCAUCCCGUCACAGUGCCGGACAGCACCAGUCACCACCCCGUCCCAAAUAAAACACCUAGACACCGCAAUUCUGAUGAAUAUGAUACGCAUUAAUGAUUGCACCCCUUUUACAUUCCAGAAGUAUUUUAUGCUUUGUCUUUUUUUUUUUAAUUAAUUUUAGUUGUGAUCUAUUGGUGUGUUUUAGUGUAAAAAGGGGCUUUUGACCCUCCACAUGAACUCCAUACAUGCAUUUUAUAGCUAAAAAUAAUAAAUAUAUGUGUAUGCAUCUGCAAUUGAAUGUACAUUUACCAUUUGGCAAAUAAAUGUGUUGUUGAGCUCA